AUGAUUACUGCAAGCGAAAAGGCCCGGUCCUCAAUCGACACCGAGGCGCAGACCGACUCGACGUCGGUCAUGCAGACCGGAAAGGACUGGACCAAGACGGCAUUCACCCCAGCCCUCGAGACGUCGUAUGAGGUCGACCCGUUCUCGGCCCAGCGCGACCUGCAUGCCGAUGACGACUAUGUUGAUUUCCGGUCCAUGGGGUGGAUCAAGGCAUUCCUCAUUGCCACUGCUGAGAACAUUGCGCUUGGGCUGCUGUCGUUCCCUUCAAUUUUCCUUCGUCUGGGCGUGGUGGGCGGAGUCAUCAGCACAGUUGCGCUGGGCACACUCGCCUACAUUACCGCCUGGAUGAUGAUCGAGUUCAAAAUGAACCACAUGGGCGUCAUGCACUUUGGUGAUGCCGGUGGUGUCAUCUUCGGCAAGUGGGGACGGCGCGUCUUCGGCAUUGGAAUGAUCCUCAAGUCGAUGGGUCUUGCCGGCUCCCAUGUCCUCGUCGGCCAACAGGCCAUCACCAGCAUUUCGUCACACGCCAUCUGUAAUGUCUGGUGGGGUGUCAUUGUCACUGUUGUGUCGAUUCUCCUCGCAUACAACCGCGAGUGGCACAAACUCUGGUGGAUGUCGUUUGUCUCGGUCGGCUGUAUCCUCGUCGCCUCGAUGAUGACUAUUAUCGGCACGGGAGUCCAGGACCCCUCGCAUCUCGAGACGGCGGCAAAGGGCCCUAUUGCGUGGUACGCCUUCCCGCUCGACCCCACGGUUAUGGAUAUCGUCGGUGGCUACACCAACGUCCUCUUCGCGUACGGCGGCAACAUGGCCGUCUUCUCCUUCUGCUCCGAGAUGAAGAAUCCGAACGACUUUAAGAAGUCGUUUGCCCUCUCCCAGAUCAUCGCCACCGUGUGCUACUGCAUUGUCGGUGGCACCGUCUACGCUUUCGGUGGCCAAUACACGACCUCGCCCGCCCUCACCAUGACUUCGACUCCGGUCCACAUCACCUCGUACUCGAUCGCCCUCGUCACCAUCAUGGUUUCCGGUAUCCUCGGCGCCAACGUCGGUGCCAAGUACCUGUACAUUACCUGGCUGCGUGACUCGGAGCUCCUUACGUCCAAGAGCUGGCGCGCUCAGUUGGCGUGGAUGGGCAUGGUCUCGAUCAUCUGGGUCGUCGGCUUCCUCGUUGCCGAGCUCAUCCCCUUCUUCAACCAGCUCCUCACCAUUGUCUCCUCCCUCUUUUCGGUGUGGUACGUCUGCGGCGGCGGCGGCUUCCUCUGGCUCUAUGACAACUCGCCCUGGUUCUUCGGCCGCAAGCGCGAGAAGGAGGGUGAAGAGCCUGUCCACCGUUCCAUUAACACUCCCGGCAAGAAGAUCAUGUGCGCCAUCUCCAUCCUCGUCAUUUUCAUCUCUGUCGUCACUACCCCGCUUGGCCUCUACGCCGCUGGCCAGGGCAUCAAGGACGGCUACAGCAACGGCAAGUUCUCCCGGCCCUUUGCUUGCUAG